AGCGGGGUGGGAGAAGUGAAGAGAAUUCGAAGACGUUCACAUCUUAUUCCCCGGGUUUUGAACCGAUCCCCAAGCUGCGUCGUCUUUUUCGGUGAUUUGAUCUAGUUUUCGAAGCUAAGCUUCAGUUGAGAUCCGGAGCUCACAGAUCGUCUUCUUCGAUUACGUUUUGUGAGAGGCGAUGGAGGUAUUGCACAAGCGCAUGAGGACGACGGUAGGGAUCAAAUGCUCUAAAUUCGGCGGUUUCAAACUACAUCAUCAUGGAGAUCACCGUGGAAUUUGAUCUAUUCCUUCUAUUUUGUGUGAUAUUUCGUCUGCGAUCGAAGGAGGGGAGCGAGGGGGACGGAGAGGGAGAAGUCGGGGCUGAGGAGGAGGCGGCGGCUGCAGAGGAGGAGGCUGCCAUGGUGGUGGGGGGAUCGGAGGAGAUGGAGCUCCACAUCCAGCGCAUCAUGGCGCGGAUCGAUCAAUUCACAGAAAAGGUCUCGGAUCUGCUGGAAGCUGGGCGGACGAUCUUCAGGAAUCUGACUGCGGAGUUUGAAGACCGUUUGAUCUCGAUACACAAGGAGCAGAUGGAGAAGUGGCAGGAGGAGAUAAAGGAGCUACGUGCGCAAGAUGCAUCCAAUGAGGCAUCUCGAGCUCUUCUGCAGAACGCCCAGUAUCAUCUCCUUCAAAAUGUCGACAACGGCUCUUAAAAGGUGCAAACCACAACAAACGGGAAAAUUGACACCCCUACGCUUUUCUGAGGAAAUCCAAAACGGUAACAUGAAGAACCCAUUUUAUUCCUAUCACCAGUUAUACUUGAUCUCUUUUUUAGUUAAUAGUAUUGUGCUUUCUAAGUAUAGCUUUUCACAAGCAAGCAAACAGAAUUAGCAAAAAUUAUUUGGAUUUGAUUGCUUUUGGCAUCUAAAUAGCAAGCAUAAUUUCUCAAAACUCAA